AUGUCAGAGGGUAAUUUAAGAAGUUCGCCGCUAUACCCAACUGCCAACAAUUCAUAUAACCCUUCCAAUGGCCAGGUAACACCGUACGACCACUGCAACCAGCAGCGACAACAACAACUACCGCAAUAUUACAAAACCACGAUUCCAGUGAAUGAACAUUGCCAACACCAACAACUGCAACAGCAGCAAAUCGCCGCCGCCACGGCCAACAGCUGUCACUUUGGUGGAGGUAAUGGUGGUAGUGGCGCUGGUGCUGGUGCUUGUGCUGGUGCCGGCGGCGGUGGAGCUUUCGCGCAAUCAGCUGUUGGUGGCGCUCAGCUGACUACUACUACUACUACCAGCAACAACAUCAAUGCCUCCAUUGGUGACGCAAUGACCGUCAAGCACUGUGCAAUCGGAAUCCCCAUGUCAGCUCAGUAUUGUUGCCACGCCACCGACAAUCCAAACACUCACAGCUCCACGCGAGCACGGCAUGCUCACGAAAAUAUGAGUAGUAGUCAAGUGAGCAAUAAUCAUACGACUACACUAACAACAACGACAACAACUGUCGAAUACGAGUUGUCAAAUGGCAUAGCAAAAUUGAGUAAAAUCAGUACGAGUCGAGUCGCCGCCGAACAGUCAUCGUUGUCGUCUCAAUUGUCACAGAGUCAGCAAAAAUUUGCAGUUGAAAAGGAAAAAGAAGUCAAUAAUUUGACGGUAAAUACCAGCGAACAGAAUCAAUAUCUAUUGCCACCACUAUUAUCCACUAAGGCGUUAAAGGAAUUAAGUUCCAACAUAGACGUUUUGAAUAGCUACAAUCAAAGCAAUAAGCAUUUAUUAACCAGUUUGCAAAAGCAACAGCUAAGAAAUUACAGCAAAAUGAGUGAUAUUUCGGAAAGAACACCAAAUGUGGUACUAGCCGACGAUGCGGAAGUGCCCGGAGAAGUGAGUGGACUGGAACGCCUGCGUAACAAAAAAUACAGCAAGGUAAGUCAUUUAGUGAAAAAAAACGAAUACAAAAUGACUUUAAAGGAUUCAAAAUAAAAUUUUAGCGAUUAA